AUGGAGGUGAACAAGGAACAACAUGAGGAUAUACCCGACUAUGAUACAAAAUACGAGCAAGAUGAUGGGAACCAAGUAUAUGAUUCGGACAUAGAAAAUGGUGAAAAUAAGGAAAUUGACUACAAUAGUCGUUCAGAUUCGGAAGUAAAAAUCCAAAACACAGUUCCUAAUAGUUAUCUGGGUGAUCUUGUCCGCGAGAAGGUGGGAUUAAGUGCUCUUUGCUGGAAGAAAGUAAAACCGAAAGUGAAGGAGAAACUAUGGGAAGAGAUUACAGAUUGGUAUCCUUCUACGGAACUUCAGACGGAAAUUGUAUGCAGAUUACAUCAAACCACAUCUAGGAAAUCCCAGAAAGCAUGA